AUGACUCUUCGCACAGCAGACAGCUACAAAACCAGGUUUAACUGCCAGACAGAGCCUCUUUGUCGGUGCUAUUCUCCUGCAGACAAUACGAAGUACGGGACAAUAAACUGCUCUUACAUGAACUUGACGUCGGUGCCUCGAUUUGUUCCAUCAACUGUCUACAUUACCCAAGUGGAUUUAAGAAACAAUAACAUUCGACGUGUGGACGCUUUGGCCUUUGUUAAUCUAUCCUUGGCGUCGACAGUGGACAUUUACCUGGAUGAAAAUCCCAUAGAGGUUAUGGAUGACAUGGCCUUUGGUGGCUUGCACAAUAACUCGGUGAAUCUGCAUCUGCGAUCCACACAACUGAAAGUGUCACCCAAGGCGCUUACUGGCUUCAAUAAUCUUUAUUCCUUAACCACAGACCUACCCCUGGACUCUGGUAUCUCUGCAGAUCUUGGUUCCGUUAAACUGUUAAAUCUCUACAACGGAUCAUUCGGCCAUGCCCUAAAUGGCACUUGUCAUUUUCCGAACCUUGAGUUCUUGAUGAUGACGUACGUCUCUUUCCCGAUUUACGUUUCGCCGUUUUCACAAUGCACGAAACCUAUGACUAGUUUACGUUACGUCUCUUUAUACUUUACGGCUUUGCCAGUGGUACCAAAUUUAGGUAAACUCUUCCCUUACUUGACAGGGCUGUCUUUACGCUAUGAUGACGUCUACGCGCUUUCUACAGACAUCAAUCUACCGAACCUCACCCGCCUGGCUUUGUCAGAUAAUAAAUUAACGUCCGUUCCAUGGCUUUCAAGCAAUUUCGAGCGUCUUCAAAAACUGGAUCUGAGUAACAAUCGAAUAUCUGUAAUCUUGUCAGGUUCGUUUUCAGGGCUGAGUCACCUAACGAACCUGGAUUUGUCCGGCAAUCCGAUUUCUGUUAUCGCGGAAGAUGCAUUUAAGGCGACACCUAAACUGAACCAUUUUAAUUUGUUUCAAGGCGAAAUGACGACUGUACCUAGAGCUAUCCGCCAUCUGACACAACUUUACAUCAACGUUGCAUCUAACCCUAUCCAGUGCACGUGUGAUCUCGCGUGGCUUCACCAUGCUGUGACAUCGUGGGAUAUUCGCAUUUCUGGAUUUUGUCAAAACGCACAACAUACUAUCAAUGACUAUAUUUCCUUGAUUGUUGCGUAUUGCCAGGUUCAGCCCAUUGGAUAAUAACUUAAU